AACUCGACACAUUGACACCGGAGGACUUCCAAUGGUUGCCUCUUCCCCCAUCUGGUUCCUUGCCGAAGCCGCAUUGCAACGCCCUAAUGGCGGAGCUACGGCUGCUACGCAACUACUUGCACGCUGCAGUACCAGCUCCGUUGAUGGAAGAUAGAGUAACGGUUGUUGACCUUCGCAAGUACAUUGCGAAGAUUGACCGCGAGUACGACACGCAACGGUACGACGGCACCGACGCACCGUUACUCUACGUCCACAUUCAGAUCGGGAAGGCGACCUGCAGCGCCUUGAUUGAUUGUGGAGCUGCUCGCAACUACAUCAGCCAGAAUUUCAUGACCCGCACCGGCCUUGGGCCGCACGUUCGAAGGAAAUCGCAGCCCACGCAAGCCACGUUGGCCGACGGUCGUACGCACAAGUCCAUUGACCGGUGCAUUGACUUCGUCCCCGUGUACUUCGCCCCGCUUGCACGCGAGGCCGUGUCCUUUGACAUAUUGGACACGAAGUUCGACAUGAUCUUGGGCAUGUCAUGGCUGCGCAGUGAGGACCACCCAGUGAACUUCUACCGCCGUACCAUUCACAUUCGUGAUCGAAACGGGGUACUUGUGCCAUGUACGGUCCCCCCACCUCAUCCUUUGAUUGGUUGUCACGUGGUCUCCGCGGCAAGCAUUCGCAACUCCAUCGCACGGAACGACGUGGAGGAAAUGGGCAUUCGUUUCUUGCACGCCCUCCCUCCUCCCGACGAGCCAGCGGCGGAACAACCACCGGAUCCACACAUUGUACAGCUUCUUGACUCCUAUGCCGACCUCUUUGAAGCCCCCGCCGAAAUCGUACCGAAUCGGCCUAUUCGUCACGAGAUCAUCCUCGAAGACGGGGCCGUACCUCCGCGUGGAUGUAUCUACCGCAUGAGCGAGGAGGAACUCGAAGUGCUUCGAACGCAACUCGAUGACCUCAUUGCCAAGGGCUGGAUUCGCCCUAGAUGCUCGCCCUACGGUGCACCUUUUCUCUUCAUUCGGAAGAAGAACAAGGAGCUACACUUAUGCAUUGACUAUCGCAAGCUUAAUGCUCAAACCAUUAAGAAUGUCGGCCCGCUUCCACGUAUCGACGAUCUUCUCGAACGCUUGGGCGGCGCCAAGUAUUUCUCCAAGUUGGGCCUCAAGGCCGGUUACCACCAGCUCGAGAUCCAUCCAAGAGAUCGAUAUAAAACCGCGUUCAAGACACGGCUUCGUACGGCCAAGUACAAGGCCAACCGAGCCAAGUUCGAAUUCGCACAACAAGAGCUCGAGUACUUGGGCCACUUUGUGACGCCGCAAGGCAUCCGUCCGCUUGCGGACAAGAUCAAGGCCAUUCAGGAUUGGCCGGAACCGACCAACACCACGGAGGUUCGCUCUUUCAUGGGAUUGGCCGGGUACUACCAACGCUUUGUCCAGAUUGCAGUCUCCACAGAGGUCCACGUGGCGAUAGGGAUUCGGAUCGGGAUGGGGAAGCUGACGCGGAGGCGGGCGGAGCGGCGAUCGGGAUCCGGAUCGGGAUUGGGAAGCGGUGCAGCAGCGCUGCCACGUGGCAGGGCCUUGGGGGCGGAGGUCGGCGGAGGUAGGCGAAGACGGGCGGAGGUAGGCGGAGACGGGAUUGGAAAGCGGAUUGGGAUUGGGAAGCGGAUCGGGAUUGGGAAGCCGCAUCGGGAUUGGGAAGCGGAUUGGGAAGUCGGAUCGGGAUUGAGAAGCGGAAGUGGAGGCGGGCGGAGGUCGGCGGAGACGGGCGGAGGUAGGCGAAUGCGGCCGGAGGUGGGCGGAGCUGGCUGAAGGUGGGGGGAGAGGAUCGGGAUCCGGAUCCGGAUCCG